AUGUCGCCGUUCACCCUAUCCAGCAAGCGUCAGAUUAACCAGCAAGCACCGUCAGUUGCCCUCAACACUCACCAUUGCACAGACCUUAGGAGCGGAUUUGGAGUCCGGUGGAUCCAACUUGGUGACAGAGGCGGGCGGAGAAUCCACUUCCAAGUUAUUCUUCUGUUACUUACCAUCGUUUAUCGUGUCGACACCGUCUUGUACCUUUCCAGAAACCUUCCUAUCAACCCCACACGCUGUCAGUCGUCAUGGCGGAUGGGUCGAGAGGACGUCCUGUCAAGCGAGAAGCGGAGUGAGUAG